CCCUUUUCCCCUUACAGUUGGCAGAUCAUCAUGUUGCUGUGCGCUUUUGCUCUCCAGCCUCUUCUACCUGUACCUGAACCUAUGCCUGCCUGCUCUGUUCCAGCUCUCGUGUGGAUUCUGAUUUGGACUGACCACUUUUGCCUGUCUCUCGCCCCCGGACAGAACAGCUGUUUUGCUCCAGAGGCAUUCUGGGUCUGCGUUGCUGUGGCAAUGCCUCCAGUUACGCCAGCUGUUCCACUUCCUGAUGUCAACAUAGCUACUGGCAACCACAAUGAAAACAACAACGUUUUAAUCAACAUAGUCUCUACUAUGGAGGGGCCUUGACAGAGGUGAACUUCCUGCGACGACAAGGAGAGAGAGCAGCGGAAACGGCGGAAGAGUCAACAUCUGUCACUGUGGGCAACGGUAUCCCUUAACCCUCCCCGGCAACGGCCGAUCACCAGUGAGUUCCAAAGAGGAAGUUCAGCGUGAUCGCCAUGGUUACAGAGAGAAUCCAUCCCGGUGCCUCGUGCGCUGUUGCCUCGAGCUGACGGACAGGCGGUCCACGCGUGGGACCGUUAACGGACCGAGGAGGAGCAACAGGAGGUUUCAGGACCGAGUCACACCGGGAGCAAGGAGGAUUUAACGGUCACUUCUGAAACGGGAUAGCUGCUGUCUGAACGGUUGUCGUCAGUCAUGUAUCCCUCAGUGGUCAGAAUGUGUGCGCGCUGCAGUCUGGUCCUGGUUCAGGUCCUGGUGCUGGUCUGUCCUGCAGCCGGAUACAAUCUGGAUCAGGACCACAGUCUGGAGUUCAGUGGUCCCCCCUCCUCCAUGUUUGGAUACUCUGUCUUGCUGCAUCGCCACAAGACUCAAAGCUGGUUGGUGGUUGGAGCUCCAGUAGCAAACUCAUCCUCCAAUCCAUUGGUUCAAUCUCCAGGAGUCAUUUACCGCUGCAACAUCAGUGCUGAGUCCCGGCACUGCCAUCCCAUGCAUGCUGAUGUGCACAGCUGUGGGAAGACGUGUGAAGCAGAGAGUGAUCACCAGUGGCUUGGAGUCAGUCUGUCCAGACAACCUGGAGACAAUGGGGGGCACAUCCUGGCAUGUGGUCACCGCUGGAAGAACGUCUUCUACUCAAAGAAAGACAAUCAGAACAACAAGCUGCCGAACGGAGUCUGUUAUCGCUAUGGCAACGACCUGAGACAUGGCCAACCUAUCAUUCCUUGCUACAGAGACCACCAGAGGAAGUUUGGUGAGGAUUAUGGGUCGUGUCAAGCCGGCAUUUCCAAUUUCUUGACAGAGGAUCUGAUCAUCAUGGGGGCUCCAGGGACGUCUUAUUGGACGGGUUCAGUUCUGGUCUUCAACACGUCCAGUCGAGGGAUGUCAGUGUACCUCGAUGAUGACGCUAGUGGAGCGGUCAGCUUUGGGAGCUACCUGGGUUACUCUGUUGGGGCUGGUCACUUCCUGAGUCCUGCUACUGUGGAGGUGGUGGGAGGAGCUCCACAAUACAACCAGAGGGGCAAGGUCUUCAUCUUCACAGUAGAUGACAACAUGCUGCGGGUCGUCUCUGAAGUGUCCGGAAAAGAGCUGGGAUCAUACUUCGGCUCAAGUGUGUGUGCAGUGGAUCUGAAUGCUGAUGGGUUGUCAGAUCUGUUGGUCGGUGCUCCCAUGGCAACGGGUGCCGCCAGGGAGGAGGGACAAGUCCAUGUGUACAUCAACCAGGGGCAGGGGAUGCUGUUGGAGGCGGAGUUUCAGCUGACUGGCAGCAAUGCCUACGCCGCCCGGUUUGGAGAGACAAUCGCCGACCUCGGAGACCUGGACGACGAUGGUUACCAUGAUGUGGCAGUUGGUGCCCCACAGGAAGAUGACCUAAAAGGAGCCAUCUACAUUUAUAAUGGCAGGAGAGAGGGCAUCUCACCAACUCCAUCUCAGAGAAUUUCUGGAUCCACCCUGGGUCGUGACCUCAGGAUGUUCGGCCAGUCGUUGAGCUCUGGCAUCGACAUUGACGAUAAUGGCUACCAGGAUGUGGCUGUCGGUGCGUUCCUCUCGGAUUCGGCCGUGGUUCUCAGAACCCGUCCAGUGAUACAGGUGAAGGCGUCUCUGGCUCUGCCUGAACAGAUUGACCAGGGGGUAUCGCUGUGCCAGGAACACAAGACUCCAACUGUCUGCCUCAAUGUCACUGUCUGCUUCAGUGUCAGGUCCAGACAGUUCAGAGGAGCCAUAGAUCUUCAAUAUAAUUUGACCUCUGACCUCCUCCAUAAACCGUCCUUCCCCCAUCGUUUUUAUUUCCAUGGUAAUGGGUCGUCCAAUACCACAAAGGGGCGCGUGAGAGCGCGACAUGGCCAUCUCACUUGUACAACACAUGUGGCUUACCAAAGGAAAGACGUGAGGGACAUUUUUACUCCAGUCCAGUUUGAAGUAUCUUAUAGUCUCAGAGAAGCAAACACCAUCAGAGCCUCCUCUAAAACCUUUCCUCCACUGAAACCCAUUCUGCAGCAGAGCGCAGGACACCAGAACACCAUCACCAACCAGACUCGGUUUGCUCGUUCCUGUUCUCUGGUGGACUGUUCGACCAACAUGCAGCUGUCGGCUCACCUAGUGCUGCCUCAUCAGCAGAAGUACUUUGCUCUCGGCUCUGGACAGACCAUCAUGUUGAAUACCUCGCUGCUGAACUCUGGAGACAACGCUUUCCUGCCGCGACUGACACUGCAAUUCCCAAACAACAUCCACUACAUUAAAGUACUGCAGAACCAGGAGAACGUGGUCAGUUGUGAUGUCACAGAGGAAAUCAACAGUACAACAGUCGUUGUUGACUGCAGCGUCACCAGCCUCCUCCUCCCAGCCCAGGCCCAGUUGAAUAUCAGCUUCCUGUUGGAUGUGAACCAGAACAGCACACCUGGUGACAUCAACAUCCAUGUCAACACCAGCAGUGAUAACUAUGAGAGGGAGGACUAUCUCCAUGACAACUCCAUCAAUCUCCGCCUUCCUCUUAAAUAUGCAGUCAGCAUCAAUGUCCAUGGUUUCGUUACUCCUACCUCUUUUGUAUUCGGAGAUGAAGACACGACUCCAGUUGACUGCUACCCUGAAAGAUUCAACUACACCUACAAGGUGUUAAACUCUGGUCCCAGUAGGUCAGUAGAUACUGUGGUUGAGAUUGCAUUACCAAAGAUCCUCGCGCCGUACCGACACAGACUACUGAAGGUGGUCGACUGGCAGACGUCUCACGGUGUGUGUUCCAUCAGUGACACGACUGUUUCAGUCACUGAGGACUGCGAAGUCCCUCAAGCUUCCUUCAUCAAACAACUCAUCUUCUUCUUCUCCUCCACCUCUACCCGCAGAAUGUUUUGUGGCCGUGUUGACGAACUGUGUGAGCAGCUGGUGUGUCGUCUCGGUAACCUGGAGACGGGAAGAGAUGCCACCAUCCAACUGGAGACCAGACUGAACCCCAAUGUGCUACUGCAAGCUCCGGGUCGUCAGAGUAUCAUGAGGUUGGAGAGCACAGCAAUAAUAUCGUCCCCCAGAGAAGAUCCUCACACCGUCCUCAUCCAGAAACAACCUGAAGCACUGACGGUAGUUGAAGCUCUUUUUACCCAGAAACCCUCAAUGAGAGUGAAGAUCUUCAUCAUCGUUGUCAGUUUAGUUUUGGGUCUGUUGAUCCUGGCUGCUCUCAUCUGGUGUCUGUGGAAGGCUGGUUUCUUUAAGAGGGAGCUCCAGAAGAAGGAGGAGGAGUUCAGGAGACACAGCUGGGACUACGUUCCUAAAAAGAGCGAUAGAGAGAGCUUUUCUUAACUCCGACUGUUACCUCUACCCUUGGCCUUUGACCUCUGACUGUAAGGUGGAGUUCACAUUGUGACUGUGCAGCAGUUUUAAUGAGACAUACGGUAUUCUGCUGACAGACAGUGAACAUCAACGGCCAAUGAAAUCUGACUGUGUCAGAAGUUUGAAGUCUGAGUGUGGCAGAUGAUGAACACCUCCUGAAUAUGACCAUGACCUUUUAAAUUAUUUUGCCUGAUGUGCUUUCACAAAUGCAGGAGUUCAAAGACUUGAAAAAAACUGUAGCGAUGGAUGGAUGGAUGGAUGGAUAAAUAAAUUAAAAGGGAAGUGAACCUGAAACAAUCAAUUGUGGACCUAUUAGAAGGUCUCGGGGAUCGUGAUACUGUUUAUUGAUGGCCUCCACUUUGACUUGUUUAAGAGGAAACAAACCAAAGGAAGCGACCUUCAAUCUCAGGGGAUGGAAACCUGGCCUCUGAUUGGCUCAUAUCUCUCUGGAGGAACUGCCUUUUGUCUGUGUGCAUUAUCUUUCUACAUUUUUGUUCAGUUCAUCUGCUGAUCAACACUUCAUGCAAUGGCGACACACAAAGAGCAGACUCGCUGGCUGCACACACAUCACAUGUUGUCCAGAAGUAGUCAAGUGCUGGGAGCUUGAACAGCAUGUGUUUACGUGGAAACGAAUCAGUGCGUGAGUUCUAAUGGAUGCCGAACACCAUAACUGCUUUUUUUUUUUUUUUUUUUGCCACUCUGGGAUUUGUUUGUUUGUGUUUCUGGUCACACCGGCAAAAUGUCACACAGUCAUUGGAUUGGCUUCUGCGGGCAACGUGAAUCCACGCAAAGUUUUUUGUCACGUUCAACUUUAAUGAACUUUGACAUGCCAAUUUUGCAGCGAGCCGUCUUGACAGCUACUGACCAGUGAAGGAACAGUGUCGGCCGAAAUGUAGGAAACUGUUGUAGCUAAUUAGAUGUGUUGCACCAUCAUUUUUAUUUAACCCUCUUCUGUGGGAGUAUAAACUGCGGACCAUCAUGAGACAGAGCCCGAGGGCACAAAUACAUCUUUUGGGAACCAUCAUCAAGAGAACGAGAUCUUUUUUUCCCCUCCUUAAUAGCUUCCUUUUUAAUCCAAUGAACAAUGACAGCAAAAUCUUUAAAAGUUUUUUUUAACCCUCUGGAUGAUAUUUUAGGGUUGAUGAUAAUGACGACUUUAUAGCUUUACAUUUUUCCUGAAUGAGCCCAGGUGCACUUGGAAUGUGAAAUAAGAGGAGAGGAAGAAAACAAAAGCCUUUAUAUUUCAGAUUCUGCACACACAGUAUUUUUUGUAUCUUAUGAAUAUACAAAAGUUGUUCAUUACAAAUCAUGCAAUAUUAUUAUUAAUAUUAAUAUAAAGUUUUGACAACAAUCCAAAUUAAUCAGUGAGGUUCAUGUUGAAGAGGCGUAGCGGUCCUACCUCUGAGAUGUAGUUAAGUUAUUGGAACAUCGUCGAUGAUGGACCUCGAUCAACGUCCAGGUCAUGGCUCAGAGGACAAAGGAUGUGAGGAAACAUGAAGAGAAUGCAAAGCACUCACUGUGUCAACAGAAUAUCGUAAGGAUCUGCAGAUGAAUUUCUCUGUGCUGCACCGUCUGAUUUCACCUUUGUAUACCUUUUUUUUUUCCUGAUCCACUGUCCGCUCAUGUACUUGACUUUUUACUGCUGUUGUGAGAGAACAGCUCAGGGAAACGUACUGCGAAACAGAAAAACAUUGAGAACAACGUACAGCCGGGCAGAGCCACAUGAGCACAACUGAAGAAACUAUGACCACCUGUAGGUGCCACAAACAUGAAAAAAAACAAGCGCUUCUCUUCCGUGACCUUCCGAGGAAAACACAUCAUGUGACAUAAAGUCCAGCUUGAAUGGUUGUUGCUGUGAAGAAAUCAGAGAUAUUUAUCUGCUUCUCUUGGUCUUGAUCUUAGACCAGGUGGUUCAGUUAGUUUAUUGGUCGACACCCUGUUUUAUAGAAAGCGUCAAUGUCACCAAGUUCUUAAUUGGUGCCUGUGGAUUUGGACUUAUCUAGACAGCACAGUAAAAGAUUCAACCUGGGUAACACAGACAGCAACACAUCGAGUCACAGGGUUGAAGAAUGGAAGACUACUUGAAAAUCAGCAUUUUAAUAAAAGUAUUACAAAGCACUGUUUUAACUGUUUGUGUUCUGUGAAUCCAGAGAGUUAAAACAGCUGUUAUCUGCCCUUCUGUUUAUCUAUUUAGUACAAAUGCACAUCACACAGAGAUGUUUUUAAUAUUUUAAUAAAUUAGUUUGUUAUUAUUGUUUUUGUUUAUGUGAAGUUGUUCUGCACUGGAGUCUCACUGCUUUUAUCUACACUUUUCUAUUAAAAUGAAAGAUGUUCUAUUUAAACAA